CCGGCCAGCUUGACGCUGGUGUUUUCUUUUCCCUGGGGCCACAGUGUUUUCAACGGGACUCAACUUACCGGACUCGCCAUGGCCGCCUGACCCGGGCCGAAACUCCCUCUUUCCCGUUACAAGUUGUUCCAAAACGUUCGCGCAAAACUUUUCACCGGAACAAAACUUUCGCCUUUCCGGUUAGUUUUUUAAUGUCAAGAAAUAAGGAUGCAACCCCCACCGAGAAAGGUCCGGGUCGCCCAGGAGCUGAAACACACUCACGCAGAGCAGAUGAGCCGACUUCAAGUGAAGCACCAGACGGAGUGUGAGCUCCUGGAGGACCUGAGGACUUUCAGCCAGAAGCGGGCGGCUGUCGAGCGAGACUACGCCCAGGCCCUCCAGAAGUUGGCCAAUCAGUACCUAAAGAGGGAGUGGCCGGACAGCUUGACGGAAGAACCAGCAGACGAAAGGAACAUGUAUUGGGUGUGGAGGGCCUACCUGGAGGGCACGGUUCAGGUCACCCAGUCCAGAAUCGGCGCCUGUGACAACUACAAAGUCCAGGUCGCCGAUCCGGCCAAGACGGGCCGGAUGCAGAAGGAACAGCAGCUGAGGAAGUGCAUCGACCAGCUGACGGUGGUUCAAGCUGAGGUUCAGGAGUCCGUGAAGGAGCUGACGAAGAGCAGGAAGAAGUACCAGGAGGCCGAGACGAUGGCUCAGGCCGUCAGAGAGAAGGCCGAGCUGGACGCCAAGUCCAAGCUCAGUCUCUUCCAGUCCAGGUCCAGCCUCCAGAGGGCGAGUGUGAAGCUGAAAGCCAAGAGGAGCGAGUGCAACUCCAAAGCCUCUCACGCCCGAAACGACUACCUGCUAAUGCUAGCCGCCGCUAACGCUCACCAGCAGCGCUACUACGACACUGACCUCAUGGACUGCAUCAAGCUGUCGGACGGGAGGAUCUACGAGCAGGUGAAGGAGUACCUGGUCUCGCUGUGUCAGACGGAGCUGGAAAGUUACCAGUCCGUCCACGACACCUUCAACCAGCUGUUGAGCAGCUCCAAUGGGGUUCUGCAGGAGUUUCAUCAGCAGCAGUUUGUACAGAAGAACCUCGUGUUUCAGAAAGCCCCCGACUUCUCGUUCCAGCCCAUCGACUCCGAUACGGUGAUGCAGCUGCAGAAGGAGAAUGGAACGUCGGAGGAGCACAGUCUGGACAAGGAGGCGAGGAAGUGGGCGAGCCGCGUGGCCCGAGAGUACAAGAGCGCCAUCCACACGCAGCGGGCUCUGGAGGGAUACGGAACGCCGGAGUCAUCGGAGCAGAACACCUGUGAGCUGGAGGCCAAGAUGGAGGCGGCCAGGCAGAGUCUACGGAGGGCAGAGACGGUCAAAGUGAAAGCCGAGGCCCGGCUGGACCUGCUGAGGCAGGCGGGCGUUGCCGUGGAAACGUGGCUGAAGAGCGCCAUGAACCAGGUGAUGGAGGAGCUGGAGAACGAGCGCUGGAACAACCUGAGCGCCCACGAUCCCUCGCUCUCCGGGACGGCGGAUCUGGAGCGAGAGGACGAGGAGGAGACGGAGGACAGCGGGGAGGUGUUGGACGACAGCAGCUCCAGCCCCUCCAGCACCUUGAAGAACUACCCGCUCACCUGCAAAGUGCUCUACUCCUACCAGGCGUCUCAGCCGGAUGAGCUGACCAUCGAGGAGCAGGAGAUCCUGGAGGUCAUCGACGACGGGGACAUGGAGGACUGGGUCAAGGCCAGAAACCGCGGCGGGCAGGUCGGCUACGUGCCAGAGAAAUACCUGCAGCUCCCGUCUUCCAACAGCCUGCUCAGCAUGCUGCAGGCUCUGGCCGCGCUGGACGCCCGAUCCCACUCCUCCACCGAGCCGGAGACCGAACCACCGGCCGGCUCCGUCAACGGGGACUCCAGUGUGGCCUUCGCCAAGGCCCUGUACGACUACGCGGGCCAAACGGAGGACGAGCUGUCGUUCCCUGAAGGCGCCAUCAUCCGCAUCCUGAGCCGGGAGACCCGCGAGGACGACGGCUUCUGGGAGGGCGAGUUCAACGGCGUCGUCGGCGUCUUCCCGGCGGUUCUGGUGGAGGAGCUCGCCGGCGCCAGCAGCGAGAACGGAGACGGACAAAGAGACGGAAGUUCACAGUCUCCUCUGGCUCAGACCGGUCCCUUCCAGCCUCUGCACAGCAGCCCCCUGCAGACGCCCACCACCUCCUCCCCUCUGUCCAGCCCCUGCAGCGCCACGGCCUCUCCCAUUGGCCGACCGCCCUCCUAUCACAACGGACAUCACAGGCCGGCGCCGGCGCCGCACAAGAGCCCCUUUCAGAGUCCAGUCCAAGGCUCCCCUCAACCCCCCAAGUACCCAGAGAGCAGCUCCGGCACCAUUCGGCCGGUCCGGGCUGCUCCUCCGCCCCCGAAGCAGCACCCUCGUGGGCAGGUGAAGCGGAGGGAGGAGGUGGAGAUCACGCUGGUGUGACGGCGUUCUCACCGGCCGGGACUGAACCUCCCAAAGGAACCGAGGGAACCCCCUGAAGGCGCCCGGAGGCCCGUUGAGGGUCAGUGAGCCGUGGAGGAACAUCGUUCUCUUAACUAUUCUCCAUGUCGUGAAUCAUCUUCACCCAACUGACACAAACUUAUUGAUAACCGACUUCACAUCUCCAGAUAUUGGUGUUCACAUCCUGUGACGACGUCCAGUCGGACGCGCUCACGCCACUCGCUCGUAAAUCAUAAACACGCAAAGGAUCUUACGCCAUUUACAACAAGAGGCUAGCUGUUUCCCCCCGUUUCCAGUCUUUGUGCUAAGCUAAGCUAACUGGUUGGCGCUUCAUAUUUCCCGUAAACAAACACGAUAUCGAUCUUCUCAUCGAGUUUCCAAAAGUCUCUGACUAACCUCCACGGCUCCACUGAUUGGACGCGGUGAUCAAUAACUCGUGAUUAUGCCGCUCCGAGCGGAUGGAUCAAUAACAAGGAUUUAAACCAUACGGCCCAGAUAUCACUUCCUGUCGUCCUCUCUGGUUCCUUCUAUGCAACGACGUCAAAGGUCGUCGAGGUCACGAAGCUUCCACACAAAACCAAAAGUCUGGUUGUCUCCACCCCCCAUGAUCAAUAAAUAAUAAUUGAAUAAACCCCCCUCAGCAGGGACGAGGCUGGUCCUCUCCUCGAACACGCGUGGUCGUCACGGUGACGCAAACAAGGGAAAAGUGGCAAUUUUAGUUGAGUGAUUGUUGUGUCGGAGAAUCUCCUCGAAAGGUUCUGAUCAAAACGAUGGAUCCUUCAUCCGUUUAUUGAUCCUGUUUAAAACCCGUGUUUAGUUUUCUGUGCACCGAAUGUUCAGAAAAUCAUAAAAGGGAGAAACGUGUUUCAUUUUUAAGUUAAAACGGAGUCUUAACUUCAAAUAAAAAGCUAGAAAUGUUGUUGUGAUGUUCUACAACCGAAGCCCGUUGCUGCCGAUGUGAAAGUUAAACUAAUUUAAAAAGAUGCCGGAAGUCGAAAAAAUUAGAAACGCUCUCAAAAUAUUGAGACUCUCUCGAAAUUAAUGGAAAACUUUCUGAAUUUUAAAUUUAAUUUCUGAAAAUAUAAUGAAUAAUGACUCAGUAUCUCACAAUGAGAAACUUCCUCAAAAUAAUGGGUUGUUAUCACCAAAUAAUGAGUUGCUCUCUCAGAAAUAUUUCAUAUUUCCAUAUAAAUAUAUAUAUGGAAAUAUGAAAUAUUAUUUUGUAUUUGAAUAUGAAAUAUUAUUUGGUAUUUUGCGAACAAAAAGAAAUUACUCAGAAUAUCAAAAUAUUGAGAAAAGGAAAUCAAAAAGAAAAUCCCCAAAAUAAAUUCCCGAUGAUAAAUCGUUAUUCCGAGAUGCAAAGAGAAAGUUAUGGCGACAGGAUCUUUUUUUUUUUUUUUUAAAUAAGUGUUCCUCUUAAUUUCUUCGUUUACUGGUGGGAAUGGGUUUCCAUAGCAACCAGUAGAGGUUGCUGGUGGUUUGCAGUUAGUGACAGUUUACACUGAAGUAAUGUGCAGUUUAAACACGCCUUUAUUUUGAAGGAGGAAAAACAUCCUGAGCUGCUAGCUGUCAAAUAAAGUAAGAAACGAUGUAUACUGUCGUAGUGAAGCACUUUCUGAUGUCUUCUUAUUCCUUUUCAGUAUUGUGGAUACGACGUUGUUUGUUCAAUAUUUCUUGUUUACCAGCUAUAUUGGUAUAAAUACUUUUCUUUUAUCGGCUCUUGUGUUAUUUAGCCUUUAAAUAGCCGUCGUAGUGUCUUUGAUUGAAAUGCCGCGAUAGUUUACAGAGAGAUCGGAGAUGAAUAUCUGUACAAAUGCUUUUUUUAUUUUUAUUUUAUGUUUUUAGAAUGAUGAUUUUUUGUUUGAAAAGCAACCUGUUGAACCUUUCAGUUGAGGAGACAUCCGUCGGCCGGUCGCUGUGUUCUCGUUGAUCUCCUCGAGGUCUGAAUGACAUCAAACUUAUUUUUGAAGUUUACCCCGUUGUAUUAAAAACAUGGUCGUCAGAGGAGGAGCUGCCCGUGUCACGUGUUCAACUGUAUUUAUUGUGUACAAAUAAAUGUGAAAUAAAGAUAGCUUCAAUAAUAA